ACUCGGCAGGUUGAGUCGCGGCGGCCCGAGCUUCGGGCCCCGUCAUGGGCCGAGCGGAGCGGGGGGUGCCCGGGCCGCUGGCGUUGCUGCUGCUGCUGCUGCUGCUGCUGCUCCUACCACCCCGACAUCUCAGGGCGACGGCGGCGGCUGCGAACCCGCAACCCGGCGGUCAAGGGCCUCUCCAGGAGUGCAAAGACGGUCAGUUCCGGUGUCGGAACGGGCGCUGCAUCCCUUCGGUGUGGAGAUGCGACGAAGACGAUGAUUGCUCGGACAACAGCGACGAGGACGACUGUCCCAAGAAGACGUGCGCGGACACGGACUUCACCUGUGACAGCGGCCACUGCAUCCCCGAGAGGUGGAAAUGUGACGGUGAUGAGGAGUGUCCCGAUGGCUCCGAUGAGUCGAAGGCUACGUGUACCAAACAAGUGUGUCCUGCUGAGAAGCUGAGCUGUGGGCCCACCAGCCACAAGUGUGUGCCCGCCUCGUGGCGCUGUGAUGGCGAGAAGGACUGUGACGGCGGCAUGGACGAGGCCGGCUGCACCACGUUGUGUUCCCCGCACGAGUUCCAGUGCAGCAACCGCUCCUGCCUGGCCUCUGUGUUCGUAUGCGACGGCGACGAUGAUUGUGGCGAUGGCAGCGACGAGCGAGGCUGUGCCCAGCCGGCCUGCCCGCCCCUCGAGUUCCGCUGCGGGCAGGGCGACGCCUGCAUCCCGGAGCGCUGGCUCUGCGACCGUCACUUCGACUGCCUGGACGGCUCCGAUGAGGCCGCCGGGCUCUGUGCCAGCCGCCGCCCACCGGGCCCGGCGGCGACCACGAUGAUGCCAUCCGUGCCAGGGGCGGCCUGCGCCCCGGCUGCCCAGUUUGCAUGCCGCAGCGGCGAGUGCAUACACCUGGGCUGGCGUUGCGACGGCGACCGUGAUUGCAAGGACAAGUCGGAUGAGGCCGACUGCCCAGCCCUGGGGACCUGCCGCGGGGAUGAGUUCCAGUGUGGCGAUGGAACUUGUGUCCUCGCCAGCAAACGUUGCAACCAGGAACGUGACUGUCCGGACGGGAGCGAUGAAGCUAGCUGUGUGCAGGAGUCAACCUGUGAGGGUCCCCGCAGAUUUCUGUGUAAGAGUGGAGAGUGCGUGGACGGCGGGAAGGUGUGUGAUUCCCGGAAAGACUGCCGCGACUGGUCGGAUGAGCCCCCGACAGAGUGUGUUUCAACAACAUUCCAGGGAAACAGAAGGAGGCCCAGGGGGUUAAACGAGUGUUUGCACAACAACGGAGGCUGUUCCCACAUCUGCACGGACCUCAAGAUCGGCUUUGAAUGCACGUGCCCGGCAGGCUUCCGGCUCAUAGACCAGAAGACAUGUGGCGACAUUGACGAAUGUGAGGACCCAGAUGCCUGCAGCCAGAUCUGUGUGAAUUACAAGGGCUACUUUAAGUGCGAGUGUCACCCCGGCUACGAGAUGGACACACUAACCAAGAACUGCAAGGCUGUAGCUGGCAGGAACCCGUCCCUGAUCUUUACCAACCGGCAUGAGGUGCGGAAGAUAGACCUGGUGAAGCGAGACUACUCACGCCUUAUCCCAAUGCUCAAGAACGUCGUGGCACUCGACGUGGAGGUAGCUACCAAUCGCAUCUACUGGUGCGACCUGUCCUACCGCAAAAUCUACAGUGCCUACAUGGACAAGGCCAGUGACCCGGCCGAGCAGGAGGUUCUCAUUGACCAGCAGCUGCAUUCCCCAGAGGGCCUGGCGGUGGACUGGGUGCAUAAGUUCAUCUACUGGACAGACUCCGGCAACAAGACCAUCUCGGUGGCCACUGUGGACGGUCACCGCCGAUGUACUCUCUUCAGCCGUGACCUCAGCGAACCCCGGGCCAUCGCUGUUGAUCCUCUGAGAGGGUUCAUGUACUGGUCUGACUGGGGGUACCGGGCGAAGAUCGAGAAGUCUGGGCUCAACGGGGUGGACCGGCAAACACUGGUGUCGGACGAUAUUGAAUGGCCCAAUGGUAUCACCCUGGAUUUGCUGAACCAGCGCCUGUAUUGGGUGGAUUCCAAGCUGCACCAACUGUCCAGUAUUGACUUCAGUGGAAAGAACAGAAAGAUGCUGAUCAUCUCCACUGACUUCCUGAGCCACCCCUUUGGGAUAGCUGUGUUUGAGGACAAGGUCUUCUGGACAGACCUGGAGAAUGAGGCCAUUUUCAGUGCAAAUCGGCUCAAUGGCCUAGAAAUCUCCGUCCUGGCUGAAAACCUCAACAACCCGCAUGACAUCGUCAUCUUCCAUGAGCUAAAGCAGCCAAGAGCUGCGGAUGCCUGCGAGCUGAGCGCUCAGCCCAAUGGAGGCUGCGAAUACCUGUGCCUUCCCGCCCCGCAGACCUCGGGCCAUUCCCCCAAGUACACGUGCGCCUGUCCUGACACCAUGUGGCUGGGCCCAGACAUGAAGAGAUGCUACCGAGCACCCCCAUCUACCUCAACUACGACGUUAGCCUCCGCUGUAACAAGGGCAGCGCCUGUGUCCAGAGCCCCGGCGACAACCGUCCACAGCCCCGCCUCCCAGAACCACAGCACAGACCCACCAGGCCUGGCGUCUGCCACCCCAAGUUCAGUCAGUGUCCCCGGGGCUCCCAGCCCCGGCCCAUCUACCCCAAGCCCUGGGACAAGCAACCACCCACAGCACUAUGGGAAUGAAGGGAACAAAAUGGGCUCAACGGUGACGGCGGCUGUCAUUGGGAUCAUCGUACCUAUAGCGGUGAUAACCCUCCUGUGCCUGAGUGGGUUCCUGAUCUGGAGGAACUGGAAGAGGAAGAACACGAAGAGCAUGAAUUUUGACAACCCCGUGUACAGAAAGACAACGGAGGAGGAGGAAGAGGAUGAGCUACACAUAGGGAGGACCACUCAGAUCGGCCAUGUCUACCCCGCAGCAAUCGGCAGCUUUGAUCGCCCACUGUGGGCAGAGCCCUGUCCCGGGGAGACCAGAGAUCUGGAAGACCCAGCCUCUGCCCUCAAGGAGCUUUUUGUCUUGCCGGGGGAACCGAGGUCACAGCCGCACCAACUCCCGAAGAACCCUCUUUCCGAGGUUCCUGUCGUCAAGUGCAAGCGUGUGGCAUUAAGUCUGGAAGACAAUGGACUGCCCUGAAGAUGGGACCUCUCCCCCUCCGUGCCGCGUGGAGUUCAGUCCUGAGUCUCCCGGCUGUGUGACCGCACGAAUGGGUUUCUAUGCGUGGGUCUGCGUGAAGGAGUGCGUGCGAGGUGUGUGCGCGUGCGUGACUUUUUUUUUUUUUUUUAAUUUAUGUUGCAGAAAGAUAACCACAAAGUUAUGAUGAGCUGCAGACAUCCAAAGGAUGCGAGUGUUUUUAUAUGUAUAAUGUUUUAUACACUUUUUUAACUGGUUGCACUACCCAUGGAUUCAUGGAACGGCUACCGCGGAGUGACUAAUGUAAUGUGCAUUAACCAAAUGGGGCCAAUGGUACAAAUCUUACUCACCACUUAAAUACUAUAUUCACACAGGA